GGAAAAACUGAAAAGCGACUAAGAGGACUUUCUGAGCACAAUGAAGACACUUAAGGCUCCAGGCUUAGGGCCAUACUCGGUAGGCCAUGGACUGUAAGGUGAUAGACCGAGGCAGAAGGUGUCUGCGCCUGGCCACCAUGAGGCUGCCAUACAUCUUCUUGUUCCUGCUGCUGUUCAGUGCCGGAGGUUUGCUGCUCCUGCUGCACUUACAGUACGUCACCGAAACCCUCCAUGAACAGGCUCCAGGUAGAAAGCUCAUAUUCCCACAGCAGCCGUCGGACCAGUGCCUGUAUUGUCUAGACAAUAACACACACACCUCUAGUCCAAAAGACGGCCAAAAACUCAGUCAUGUUCACCCAGUACAUUUCUGGAACCAGCGCACUCCUGUCGCUCACCCCAAAGGCAUGGCCCCUCAAAUCACCAAGAACUAUCGCAAGCUUCUUCUGAAGAGCUCAGCCCUGCCUCGGCAGCUCAACAUCACUCCUGCUGGCCAGGCUUCCAAUCACAUCCACAGGUUGACCCAAAUACAGCGGUCUCGCCGCAAGCUGAUGAGAGACGUGUGUGCCAAAUACAGAAGCCUCACGAGGACCGUAAGCCGCAGGCAUGUGUCCCGCAUCUAUGUAGAGGACACACACAAGCUCCUGUACUGCGAGGUGCCCAAGGCCGGCUGCUCCAACUGGAAGCGUGUGCUGAUGGUCCUGCAGGGCCAGGCGUCCUCCACAAAGGAGCUCCGACACGAACAGGUGCAUUAUGCAAACCAUUUAAAGCGACUGGAUUCCUUCGACCAUAAACAGAUUGCCCGUCGUCUGAAAACCUACACCAAAGUGCUCUUCCUGAGGGAGCCCUUCGAGAGGCUUGUCUCAGCUUUUCGGGACAAGUUUGAGAGCCCAAACUCAUACUAUCACCCAGUGUUUGGGAAGCCCAUCAUCGCCAAGUACCGUGCUAACGCAUCAAGGUCAGCCCUGCUCACUGGAGAGGGUAUGACCUUCAAAGAGUUCAUCCAGUACCUGCUUGAUGUUCGGCGUCCUGUGGGGAUGGAUAUCCACUGGGAACGCGUGGUGCAGCUCUGCAGCCCCUGCCUCAUAGACUAUGACUUCAUUGGCAAGUUUGAGACAAUCGAGGAGGAAGCCAAUUUCCUCCUCAGGCAUAUCGGAGCACCUGCGAACCUGACUUUCCCCAGCAUUAAAGACAGGAACCCAAAUGCAGCCAGGACGUCCUCACGCAUUACACAGGAGUAUUUUUCUCAGCUGACUUUAAAUGAGAGGCAGAAAACGUAUGACUUUUUCUAUAUGGAUUAUCUAAUGUUUAACUAUUCCAGGCCAUUCUCAGAUUUGUACUAA